UUUAGAUACAAUUUGAUGGAAGCUAGGUAUAAAGAUACAACAGUCUCAUGCUCUGUAUGUGAGGAUAGCAUGCCAAGACAACAUGAUGGUGUUAAGUGCAGUCAAGGACAUGAUUUAUGAUCAGAUUGUAGCAAGACUUUUGUGGAAAAUAUAUUAUCAGAUCCCGAAAAUAACAUCCCUGUUGAAUGUUGUUGGUGAAAAAUUGAGCUCAACUCUGUUCAAUUAGAAAAGCAGAUGACACCUGACCAGCUUGAGUUAUACUUAAUGUAUAAAGCAGUCAAAGAUAUUGAUCCGAAGGUUGAUAAAGUGAUGAGUUGUCCAUUCUGCAAAUACUUUGAGAUUUGGGCAAAAACCAAUUCGUCCAACUUCUUCUACUGCAAGAAGCAAGACUGCAAAAAGGGAAGCUGCUCAAUUUGAUUCAAAGAAUUCAAAAUUCCCGAAGGCAUGGCUGUGACUGAGGAUGAACUUGAAGAAAUGAAAGAAGAAGGAGGCAUGCUCACUCAUCACAAGUGCUACGAGUACAAGGAUAUCAAAGAAGAUUGGGAUAAGGCAAUUGAAAGUGGUACAAAAAGAUACUGUCCAAAAUGCAAAGUUGGAGGAGUCAAAGAUGAUGCUUGCACUCAUAUGGUUUGUGACAACUGUGACACUAUCUGGUGUUAUUUUUGUGGUAAGGAAGAAGCCAAACUUAAUAAAUCUGAUCCAAAAGGGAGCAUCUACCGCCACAAUGAUGACUGGCAUAUAAAUCCUAAGAGAUGCCCCAUGUACUUAAUCGAUAUUGGUCAAAUAGAUCAAAGAUGGAACACAGAGAACGACGAAGAAGCAAAGGAAUUUUUUCAUAAAAUCCUAAUCUACAAGAAUGUUAAAAAAUUCUUUAGAAAGUACAAAAGAAGAGACUUUAAAGCCCUCUGAAAAGUAUUUCCUUCUGUUGAUAACCAUGGAUUUAACCUUACCAAAAUAAUGAAAACUAAAGUGACUUUAAUUCAUAGAUAACUUCCAAAUCCACUCUUCUCC